AUGGACCCCAGGGUGAGUGUGACGACUCCACUAUUCAUCCAACACGAUGAGGACUUUGUUUCACCGACGAAGCCAUUAGCAAUUGUCUCAGAUAAUCAUGAUGAAGGCUCGCAUCCGACCGUUUACCUAAGCUCCGAAAUGGGAAGCAAGCAGAAUAAGGAGUAUUCCUUCAAAUCUUUGAGUAGUAUGAGCAACAGUUCAUUCCAGACGGCUCCUUCUAUGAGGAUUCAAGAUAAAGAUUGGACAGAGGAAGAUGAGGCAGAUACCACCUUUCGGAAACCAUCGUUUGAGCCUUUUGCACAAGACAAUAGCAGUUUCGACGCAACACCUGUUAUCGGUCCGAACGUUGUCACUAAAGAAGAAUUAGAGACUCCGAAAGGUCCUGAGAUUGACAGUUUCAAUGUGACCAAGGAUACAUAUGAAGAAGAAUUUGAUGAAUCGUUAGAUAGAGAGCCACAAGCUGGUCUAGGUCUUGGAUCAAGACGCAGCGCAAUUAGUAUAGGGUCAUACAUUGAAACAGCCAAUGCCACCAAAAUAGUAUCUUCAAGGUCUUCCCCUGUGAAGGCAAUUCGAACUUCGAUGAUUAUAAAUGGUCAGCUUGAUUAUAGUUCCACAAAUGAACAAGCCAAGAAAGGGCUCGGUGAAAGAGAUCUAUACAAUGUUGCAUACAAUAACAAAUCAUUCGGUACUGAUAUUAACGAAAGACCAAGCCAGCUCUCGAGGAAACCUACGCUAAAGAAGAACUCCGAGGUUAGUCUGGAUGACGAUAAUUUUGCCUAUCUGUUCAUUAUCGCCAUACACUCCUUUAAUGCCGAAUCUUUACAGAAUCCGGACGACGUUUCCAUAUGCUUGUCCUUUGAAAAGGGAGAUGUGGCAUUUGUUCAUACAGUCGAUGAGUCUGGAUGGGGUGAGGUGACUUUAAUACGGAACAGAAAGCGCGGAUGGGUGCCCUUCAACUAUUUUUCAGACACAGUAAGAUUAACAAAUCCUUCAAACCCCUCUAGAAAUGAUCAGGACCUUAUAGAAUCGAGAUCUCCUUUGCAGAUCCUGUUAUCUGCAUGUGCACAGUUUUUCUUGCAUCCUCAAGAAACACCAGUGCCACACAAAGAAGGGUUAACUUUUAACGUUGCUUACAUCAACGGAAUACGAGACGGCGUGAAAGCUAUUUUGGAAAAGACGGACUGUGUAUCUAGGUCGAAUGACUUUGUUCAACAAAAGUCCAGUAUUCGGAAGGCCAGAAAAAUUUUGCUUGCUAAUUGGUAUGAUUUAAUGAUUAAAGCAGACUACCACAAGCAUACAACGAGUCCAAAACAUAUUGAUAAUUUAAUGAACCUUGUUUAUGAGGUUUUAAACCAAGCUUUCGAGUUUUUCAACACCUGGUCCAAAGAAAAAACAUCCCAACUAGAGAAAGCUGAUAAGGAUAAAGCCGCUUACGUAUCAAGUACGGACAAUCAGAAUUCGCUCCUUCAGGCUUCGGGCGAUGAUUCACAGGCAUGCUUACAAACCCCGCCAAGCGCGAUGUCAAGGUUGCAUGAAGUGUAUGAUCUUUUAUUCAUGUAUGUUGGUCUCAUUCUAGGUCGACUUGACAUGAUUGAACAUAAUCCCUGCGGUGUCGAAGCAUUAGAGUACAUUGUACAUGAAAUAAUCAUUUUACUGCGGGAGUUACUCUACAUCAGCAAAUCUUGUUCUGCCAUCAUCCAGGAAAAAUUUCAGCACGCAUACGAAAACACAUUGCACAAGAAUCUUGACCCGCUGUUCUUACUGGUGUCUGAACUCGUUUCAUGUGUUAAAGUGCUUGUCACACAAACUCUACAAGAGGAUAUAAAAGUCGAGAAAAUGAAGCUGUCGAUCAAAGGAGGCUCGUACCACUUUACGGACCAAGGAGAGAGGCUUUUGGAAGUUGUUUCCAGUAUGACUACGUUGAUUUGGAACUCAAUCAACGGUUGCAGCAGUUACCUCCGGCUAAUAGGCGAUUUUCAGCUUUCAGAUGAUAGAAAAUACAUCGAUUUUCAAAAAAUUAAGAUGACUCCUGAGAAGUUCUUUCAAAAGUGCUCUUUAGGAUUAACAAGGAACAUUGACAGAGAAGAAUUAGAAAAGACUAUAACAGAAGCCAAGAAACAGCACGAUUUGGAUCCUUAUAUACAUAAGCGGACUGCCAGAUUCUCUUGCGUUAGAAUUGAUAACAAUGAUGAGCUUACUCUCACAUACGAGGGAACUCAAUUCUUACAAGAUUAUCUUCCAGAUCAGAAACCGUUUGGUAGAGAUUCCACGUUCGAACCUUUCAAGCCUGAUGAUAAACAAGAUGGGAUUCAGCGCAAAGAUAUCGAUGAGAUUAAUGUCAAAGAGAAAAUGAAUGAAGAGGUGAUAUUGGCUCAAGACGGAACCAUUGCUGCUGCAUCCUUCAGGGCACUGGUUUACAAACUGACUGACGAAUUUGAGAAACCAGAUGAUUCUUUUUACGCCACCUGUCUCCUCAACUUCAGAUCUUUCGGAACCGCCUUGGAUUUGAUUGACUAUCUCAUCUCAAGAUUUGAUUUAUCUGACAAAUCUUUGUAUGACCAUUCAACUAGUAAUGGGCAAUACUCCUCGAGGUCGUCGCGAGUCAAAAAUAGAAGGAAGCUUGUUGUGAAGGUCUUUCAAACUUGGAUGGAGAGCUUUUGGGAUUUUUCAUCAGACUACAAGGUUCUGCCUACUAUGAUAAAUUUUUUCAAUGAAGGAAUGUCUUUAUACUUGCCAAUUGAAGCAAAAACAUUAAUCGAAAUAGCAGCGCGACUCUCAGCUUCUAAACCAACCUCGAAAGCUUAUAAAAGAAGACCAAAAAUUUUCUCUCAGUUAAAACCAUUCAUGACCCAACAAUCAAGGUGCAACUCAAUCUACUCAGAUAUGUCCUCUAGCAGUGUCAGCAGCCGCCUUUCGGUUUUCUCCUUGGAUGAGAAAAUCAUCGAAGAAUAUGAAUUGAGCCAUGUGCCAAGUCGCGGUACAAGCUCCCUGACCCUACCUCUACCGGUCUUGAACCUGGGGACCUCGUCAUUGCUGAGCAAGCGGAACUAUCACGAUAUCGAAAGGCUUGUCAGCCAGUUUAGAGUAUUAACGGGCAGGUCCAUGGAGAAGAAAGUCUCCAAAACCUUUGUACCAAAGACAGAAACAUCGCAAUUAAUAACCGAAUGGAAUGAGCUUGUUUGUUGCAAUGCUGCAAGCCCUCCAAACAUGAUUCAUAAUGAUUUGAAUUUGGCAGAUUUAAAUCCACUUGAGCUCGCUAAGCAACUGACUCUGAUAGAAUCGCAGUUGUUCAUGAAAAUUGAGCCUACUGAGUUGCUCGAUGGAAAAUUUCUAGGUAAAAAGUUACAGCUCGGACUUUCCCCUAACGUAGCGGCAAUCCUGAACUUCACCAAUGAACUUUCGAACUACGUGAUGGAAAGCAUACUAUACCCUAGUCUCUCCCAAAAAACUCGUACUGCGAGAGUCAAGGCGUGGCUCAAGAUAGCUUUAUCAAGCUCAUAUUUCAGGAAUUAUAAUUCAGUCGCCUCCAUCAUGACCGCACUUCAAAACCACGCUAUCUCAAGGCUUGGAACUGUUUGGGAUGGGCUACGUAAAAAAGACAUGGAGCUUUUUGAGUAUCUAUCCCGCAUCAUUCAUCCCAAUAACAACUUUAAGGUCUACAGAAAAAAGCUAAAAAGAUACGUGGAGGAUGGCUCUGCCACUUUUUCGCAGCAAGGCCAAUCUCCGGUUCCCGUCGUUCCAUUCUUCAAUUUAUUUUUGCAGGAUCUAACGUUCAUCUACGAAGGUAACAGCACUUAUAGAAAUCCAGAUUCCUUCAGACCUCACAAACUGGUAAAUAUUGGGAAAUUUCAAAAAGUCACCAAAACUCUGAACAUAAUCAGCUAUUUCCAAGUGGACUACCAGAAUCAAAACGAACAUGUUUCAAACAUCAAUUCCUUCUUCGACACGGCAACCGACUACCUAGGUUCUGACACUAAGAACGUCAAGCCAAUUUAUCCCUUGCAGGAAUUUAUACUAUAUGAGUUAUGGAGGGUUGACACAUUGCAUUCAAAGAACAGUGAUCGAGCAUAUCAACAGAGUUUACUUCUAUCGCCUAGAAAGUAA